AUGGCGAAAGCAAUGAUGUGGAAGUUGCUCUGGGAAGCGUGGGAUCUCCGGGUAGUGAUCCUCGGUAGUCUCCUCCUACAAAUCCUUUUGAUAUUCCUAGCACCUUUGAGAAAACGAGUGUCAACGGCUUUGCUAAACACACCCUUAUGGUUGGCAUACUUACUUGCUGACGUGACUGCUAACUUUGCUGUUGGACUCAUUUCCAAAAGCCAGAGUGACACCGUAGGCCCUUUCGGUGAUCCGACCCUUUUGGCAUUUUGGGCUCCCUUUCUCUUGGUACACCUCGGGGGUCCUGACACUAUUACUGCUUUUGCCCUCGAGGAUAAUGAGCUAUGGCUCAGGCAUUUGCUUGGUCUGGGAUUCCAAUGUUGGGCUGUCGCUUAUGCCUUCUUUCAAUCAUUUCCCAACAGGUUUUGGAUCCCCAUAUUGCUCAUGUUCGCAGCAGGGGUAAUCAAGUACACUGAACGGACACGUGCUCUCUAUCUUGCUAGCUCUCGUAGAUUUAAAGCCUCUUUGCUCACGAAGCCUGAUCCUGGGCCUAACUAUGCCAAGCUCAUGGAUGAGUACACUUCAAAGAUAGAAGCAAGACUUCCGACAAAAAUAGAAAUGAUUCCAGAACCUAUUAGGGUCAACAGAGCGGGAAAUGUGAAAGAUUGGGAUGAGUUGUCUGAUUUGAAGGUGGUGCAAGAUGCUCAUAACUACUUUUCUACUUUCAAAGGACUGAUUGCGGAUUUGAUCUUCAGCUUCCGUGAGCGCAACCAGAGCCGAGAGUUUUUCCUCAAGCGAACAGCAAGAGAUGCUUUCCAAAUUGUUGAGGUAGAACUGAAUUUUUUCUAUGAGAUUCUCUACACUAAGGCCACGGUGGUGCAAGGUAUGCUUGGAUACUCUUUGCGGUUGAUUUCAUUCAGUUUAAAUUGCGCAGCCCUUGUGGUCUUCCAUUUAACCAAAAAUAAGGACUUCAAAAAGUUCGAUAUUGGAAUUUCCUACACUUUGCUUGUUGGUGCUAUUGCUCUCGAUAUAAUAGCUUUUGUGAUGGUUCUUUGCUCUGAUUGGACUGCUAUUGCUCUCACUAAGUCAGACCCCUCUCUAACUAAUUGGUUUAUUAAGAAAUUGCAGUGGUUGCUAAAUGUUAAUAGGGAUAGGUGGCCUAGAAACCUUGAAAAAAAGCUCAGAUGGUUUUCUCCUAGGAAGAUCUUGCAAAUUGUGCGCCGCAGGUGGUCUGAAUCUCUCUCCCAGUACAACUUGAUACACUGUUGUUUGCACCCACGUCCCGAAUGGUGGGAGGCAACUAUUGAUUUGUUUGGCCUAACCAACUUGCUAGAUGGGAUGAAAUAUGUGGAAACUGUGGAUUUCAUGGCCACCAAUGGCUUGAGAGAUCUUAUUUUUGAGGAGUUAAAAAUGAAAUCCGAGCUAGCGGAUGAUUUAGAAACGGCCAAGGAGAUAUUUUCUGCUAGGGGAGAUUGGAUUCUUCGGUUUGAAAGUUGCACUGACCUACUCUGUUGGAUCAACGAGGUUGACUUUGAUGAGAGUCUUAUUACGUGGCACGUUGCUACUGAACUUCUCUACAACACUGUUGAUGAAGGUAGAGCACAUACUAAUAAUGAGAGUGGUGAUGCUACGAACCCCAGGGGUACUGACAAUAAGAAUUUCCGCGAGUUGUCUAAGCUCCUUUCCAAUUACAUGUUGUAUCUUCUAGUCAUGCAGGCCACAAUGUUGUCCACAGUUGCAGGUAUUGGGCAAAUAAGGUUCAGGGAUACUUGUGCUGAGGCCAAGAAAUUUUUUCAUGGAAGGAAAAUCGGGAAGUCAAAGGAAGCGAAGAACUGCUGCAUGAACAUCUUUACCUGCAAAUGCUUCUGCAACAAUGAACCGGAAAAGGGACAGGGUCAGAGUAAAACCAGUUGCUGCGGCUUAAAUAAAUGCUGCUCAAAAGGGGAAACGGAACGAGACGAAUUACAGAAAAUAGCUUGCAAAAGUAUCCUUGCUGUUAAUACAGUAGUUGAACCUGUCGCUGUUAAGGGAGACAGAAGCAAAUCUGUUUUAUUUGACGCGAGCAUGCUGGCCCAAGAGCUAGAAAAAUUAGGAAGCGAAAGAAUGUGGGAGAUAAUAAGCAAAGUAUGGGUCGAAUUGAUGUCCUAUGCAGCAAGUCAUUGCAGAGCCAAUAUCCAUAUGGCACAACUCAGUAAAGGCGGGGAACUCCUUACUUUGGCUUGGUUGUUGAUGGCUCAUCUUGGCUUAGGUGACCAGUUUCAGAUAAGUGAAGGGCAUGCAAGGGCUAAGCUGAUCGUGAGGAAGUAG